UAUACUAUGUAUAGUUAUGUACGUAGCUGAUAAGUUAUAUAUAAGGACCAAUUACUCAUGUAUGAGAGUAGUAUUAAAUCAUCAUUUAAUCUAAACAGUCGUUUCCACUCUACUCCGAACCCUCACCUUACAUGGCGACCCUGCCAUAUACGGUGUCGCGCGUGCGGUCAGUCACCGAUCGGUAUUGAGAGCGCAGUUCAUUACCAUGUUAACAUAGCUCAAGUGGACAAUUAGAACAAAAGUAAAUAACUUGAUGUUUUUUCUCGCGGUUAAGGUUUUCUGAUUUAAAAAGUUUCACUAUGGGGGCUACAAAAUCAAAAGAAGAGGUAAUUAUUGCACAAACUGCGGCCGGAGGUGACAAUAAGGCUUCUGCGAGCACCGACGAACUUCGAUUCCACGCAAGUGUCACUAAUAUUAUCUUGGGUAUAUUGCUCGUCAUAAUCGUCAUCGGAGGAGGCUACGCCCUGUACAGAAGGUGUAAGAAAACCUACAAAAAAUGGAUGCGCCAGGAGGUCGCUCUAGCUGAGCUGCAGCGUGCUGCUCGUACGGCUCCGAUAAGUGUUUGAUUGAAGUGUUAACGGAAAUUGUGUAAUGUGCGUUUCGUUUUUUUUUUUUUGGUGCCAGUGUUUCAACGGACAGUAAAUGAACUAUUACUACGAGUAAGUGAUACUGUGAACAAUCAUUUCGCGUGAAGUAAGUUAAGGACAAUAAUGUGACGUCAAUGUAAGUUAAAAUAGGUAUGUAUUAAAUUAGGUACUUAGAUAUAAUUUUGUGAUGGCAGAUGAAUUAUUGAAAUGUUACAACGAGUUAAUUGUCAUAAAAAAAUAUUUAGUUAAAAAAGGGAAAUCAAGGUUUGAGGGUAACAUAACAAAAAAUCAACUGUCAAAAGUGAAUGAUAUUAUAAAUAGGUGUAACAAUAUUAUCUCCCAAUUUUCCCUGUUAAAGGACGUAAACUCAGGAGUUAUCGAGGAGACCAAUAAAUUGUACAUUAAAAUUACUACUCUGCAUAAAGAAAUUUUAGAGUUAUGUUCAAAGCCUGAGGUAGAGGAAAAUACGAGUACAAGUAGCGAUAGCGAAUAUAGUGAAUGUGACACCAUGGAGUUCGAUUUAAAGUCAGCUUGUAGUCUUAUACCUCUCAUGGAUGGUACUGAGGAAACAACAAAGAGAUUGAUCGAUGCUGUUGAUAUGUAUUCGGGUAUGUUGAACGAGAUAGGCAAAAAGUCGCUUAUUACAUUUGUGUUAAAAGGAAGGUUAUCUGAAAGUGCGAAACUGCGUGUGUCAGCUACUUAUUUGACCGUAGAGCAACUUAUAAGUGAUUUACGUAACUCACUUUUACCUAAAAAGUCUUUUACAGCAAUCCAUUCCCGGCUUCAGAAUAUAAGUCAGGGUUGGCGUAGUAUAGAUCAGUAUGGAUCCGAGAUAGAAAAACUUUUUUCCGAGUUAACUAUAACUCAGGCAGAAGGUAAUUCGGCGAGUUAUGAUGUGCUAAAGCCGUUGAACGAAAAAAUGUGUAUUAAAAAGUUCACAGAUGGUUUGAAGGACCCAAGGCUCAGCACUAUCAUUGCAGCGCGUAACUUCAGCAGCCUGAAGGACGCGAUACAGGCAGCGCAGGACGAAGAAGUAUCGAGACCGACAACGUCCAGCCAGCCGGAGAUCAUGGCGUAUCACCAUGAGUCAAUCGGUGCUCUAGAGAAUUCGCAUAAAACCAUGGGAGCUUAUUUAAGAAUACAAUGCGAAAAUAAACCGAAUUCUUGGAGUGACUGGUUGCCUUACUGGUGCUUUACGUAUAACAACACCGUGCACACGGAGACGAAGUACACACCCCAUGAAUUAGUUUUCGGUAAGUUAUGCAUACUUCCUAGCAAUUUAAGAAAUAGUAACGUUAAUCCCUUAUAUAAUCAUGGCAGUUAUCCUUUAGAAUUAAAGUAUAGAUUAGAGCUGGCACAGGCAGAUGCGCGUACUCAUUUAAUAAACAGCAAACUUAAAAGGAAGGAGAAAUAUGAUUCCCAUUCAAAGCCUGUUAGCUAUAGCAAAAGUAGUUACUUAUGGUUAAGAAAUGUAUCAGACAAUAAAAUGCAAAGCAUUUAUGUAGGACCUUAUUUAGUUUUAGAGGAUUUAGGAUGUAAUGUGAAAAUACUUAAAAAUGGAAAAGAAGAUGUCGUGCAUAAAAAUCGCACCAAACCUUGUAUUUUAUAAGUUUUUUUUUAUGUCUUAGCUUCAUUUUACUAUAAACUUUAAAUAUAAUUGGAGAAUGUAUUAUUAUUGUAAGAAGGUAAUAUUAAACAAAA